CGUUGCCUGGGUAACUGGGCGUCGGUGUCGGAGCUGGUGUCUUCCUGUGGCAGUGCUACCGAUUUCUUUGUGCUGAGCUCCUGAGACUAUGAAUCAGAGUGAAAGAUUCGUUUUCAUCACAGAGUGGUACGAUCCAAACGCUUCGCUUUUUCGACGGUAUGAGCUUUUGUAUUACCCAGGGGACGGAUCUGUUGAAAUGCACGACGUGAAGAACCGCCGCACCUUCCUGAGGCGGACCAGGUAUGACGGCCUCCACCUGGACGAUCUGUUCAUCGGCAACAAGGUGAACGUCUUCUCCCGGCAGCUGGUGCUGAUCGAUUACGGGGACCAGCACACAGCUCGCCAGCUGGGCAGCAGGAAAGAAAAAACUUUAGCCCUGAUUAAGCCAGAUGCUGUUUCAAAAGCUGGAGAAAUAAUUGAAAUAAUAAACAAAGCUGGAUUUACUAUCACCAAACUCAAAAUGAUGAUGCUUUCAAGGAAAGAAGCAGCAGAUUUUCAUAUAGACCAUCACUCAAAGCCCUUUUUUAAUGAGCUGAUCCAGUUUAUUACAAGUGGUCCUGUUAUUGCCAUGGAGAUUUUAAGAGAUGAUGCUAUAUGUGAAUGGAAGAGACUUCUCGGACCUGCCAACUCUGUGGUGGCGCGUGCGGAUGCGCCCGGAAGCAUCCGAGCCCUCUUUGGAGCCGACGGCAUCAGAAAUGCAGCUCACGGCCCCGACUCCUUUGCCUGUGCAGCCCGAGAAAUGGAGUUAUUUUUUCCUUCGAGUGGAGUCUGUGGACCAGCAAACUCUGCUAAAUUUACCAAUUGUACCUGUUGCAUUAUUAAGCCUCAUGCCAUCAGCGAAGGAAUGCUGGGAAAGAUUCUAAUGGCCAUCCGAGAUGCAGGCUUUGAGAUCUCAGCUAUGCAGAUGUUCAACAUGGAUCGAGCUAAUGUUGAAGAGUUUUACGAAGUUUAUAAAGGAGUGGUGUCUGAGUAUAACGAGAUGGUGACAGAAAUAUAUUCUGGCCCUUGCGUGGCAUUGGAGAUCCUGCAGACGAACCCUGCCAAGACCUUCCGAGAGCUCUGUGGGCCUGCGGAUCCUGAAAUUGCCCGACAUCUGCGCCCCGGCACCCUCCGGGCGGUCUUCGGCAAAUCCAAGAUCCAGAACGCCGUGCACUGCACCGACCUGCCGGAGGACGGGCUGCUGGAGGUCCAGUAUUUCUUCAAGAUCCUGGAUAACUAGAGGUGGAGACAAAGGAGCCGCGGCGCGGAGACGAGGGACUCAGGCACGGAGGAGCACGUUCAUUCUUUUAUUGUCCACUGUUUGAACCUGACCGAGUACAAGAUCAACAAGAGCACUGCAGUCCUGCGCUAGUACACACGGGGACAUGGAUUGGCUGCGGACAACACGGACACCAUCUAUGGGCUACUGCGUUGCUUUUAUAAAGUCCAAAAUAAAGGUUUAUUUUUCAAACAAGUGACUUUGGUUUAUUUCAUACAUUACACUUCUUCUUGCAGAAAAAAAAAAUAAAAUUGUACAACUGCAUAAAUAUAAAAUUCUUCCACCAUGACAAUGGU